AUGGCCUCCACCUUCAACCCCCGAGAAUGUAAGCUAACCAAACAGGAAGGGAAAAGCUAUGGCUUCUUCCUGCGAAUUGAGAAGGACACUGAUGGCCACCUGGUCCGGGUGAUUGAGAAGGGUAGCCCAGCAGAGAAGGCGGGUCUCCAGGAUGGAGACAGAGUUCUUAGGAUUAAUGGUGUCUUCGUGGAUAAGGAAGAGCAUAUGCAGGUUGUGGAUCUGGUCAGAAAGAGUGGGAAUUCAGUGACUUUACUAGUUCUGGAUGGGGAUUCCUACGAGAAAGCCGUGAAAAAGCAAGUAGACUUGAAAGAGUUGGGUCAAAGUCAGGAGUCGAGUUUGAACGAUAAGAAGCCGCCCUCUGUGAUGAACGGAGGAGCACAGAUGUGGACGCAGCCACGGCUCUGCUACCUAGUGAAGGAGGGGGGUAGCUAUGGCUUCUCUCUGAAAACUGUCCAAGGUAAAACUGGAGUGUACAUGACUGAUAUAAAACCUCAAGGUGUGGCUAUGAAAGCUGGAGUGCUGGUUGAUGACCACUUGAUUGAAGUGAAUGGAGAGAAUGUAGAGGAUGCCAGCCACGAGGAGGUGGUUGAAAAGGUGAAAAAGUCUGGAAGCCGCAUCACAUUCCUGCUUGUGGACAAGGAAACUGACGAGCACCAUAGCGAGCAGAAGAUAAAAGUCAAGAGAGAAACAGCCAGUCUGAAACUGCUACCCUGCCAGCCCCGUGUUGUAGAGAUGAAGAAGGGAAGCAAUGGCUAUGGUUUCUACCUGAGGGAAAGCCCAGAACAGAAAGGUCAAAUCAUCAAGGACAUAGAUUCCAAAAGUCCAGCAGAAAAGGCUGGCUUGAAGAACAAUGACCUGGUGGUUGCUGUCAAUGGCAAGUCUGUGGAGUCCCUUGAUCAUGACACUGUGGUGGAAAUGAUUAGAAAGGGUGGAGAUCAGACCUCUCUGCUGGUGGUAGACAAAGAGACAGACAACAUAUAUAAACUGGCUGGCUUUUCUCCAUUCUUCUACUAUCAAGGCCAAGAGCUGCCUAAUGGUUCUGUCAAGGAGGCUCCAGCUCCUACUCCUGCUCCUCUGGAGGUCUCAAGCCCGGAAACUACAGAGGAAGUAGGAGACCAUAAGCCUAAACUCUGCAGGCUGGCUAGAGGUGAAGAUGGCUAUGGCUUUCACUUAAAUGCGGUUCCGGGUCAGCCAGGCUCAUUUGUCAAAGAGGUGCAGAAGGGCGGCCCUGCUGACCUGGCAGGGCUGGAGGACGAGGACGUCAUCAUUGAGGUGAAUGGAGUGAACAUGCUGGAUGAGCCCUAUGAGAAGGUGGUGGACAGAAUCCAGAGCAGUGGCAAGACUGUCACACUCUUAGUCUGUGGAAAGAAGGCCUAUGAUUAUUUUCAGGCUGAGAAAAUCCCUAUUGUUUCCUCCAUGGCUGAUCCACUGGAUGACGACCCUGAUCCUGAUGAAGGAAGGCUGGAAGAAUCAGAGCAAGACUCACAUACGGCAGAAGAACGAGAACGAGCCCACAGUACAGCCUCUCAUUCUUCUUCCAAUUCUGAAGACACAGAGAUGUGA